UUCUAGCAGCGCGAAUGCGAGAAGUUCUAAUUUAUAUCGUUUUAUAUAAUAAUUCACUAAUAUUUAAUUUUGGCUGCCAAAAAAUUGAUUCCAAUAUAUUUUUCAUACUCAAAUUUCUUCGUUACUCCGGUAGAUACCUGUCAUUUCGAAGUGUCUUUUCGGCGAUCCCGUCUUGAUCUUCUUGGGGAUCUCUCUUACCGAGUUCCAACAUGGCACUGCCGGCCAGAUGGAAACUACUUGUUGGUUUAGCUGUUGUAUUUUUGUUUAAUAGUAUCAACGCUCAAAAUCCAUUCCGGAGCUUUCAGUACAAGUACAGUUUUAAGCCACCUUACUUGGCGCAAAAAGAUGGAAGUGUUCCGUUUUGGGAAUACUCAGGAAAUGCCAUUGCCAAUGAAGAAAUGGUCCGAAUCACUCCAUCUCUCAGAAGUCAAAAAGGCCAAAUUUGGACUAGAACGCCAACUGAUUUUGAAUGGUGGGAGGUUGAGUUGGUGUUUAGAGUAACUGGUCGUGGAAGAAUUGGAGCUGAUGGCUUGGCUUUGUGGUAUACAGAGAGCAAAGGUGUUGAGGGGCCUGUGUUUGGUUCCAAUGAUAACUGGAACGGUCUGGGUCUUUUCUUUGACUCCUUUGAUAAUGACAACAAACACAACAAUCCCUUUAUCAUGGCAAUGACAAAUGAUGGAUCUCAAUCCUAUUCUCAUCAGCUGGAUGGUUCUACGCAACAGUUAGCCGGUUGUUUGAGAGAUUUCAGAAACAAACCGUUUCCAGUUCGAGCCAAAAUAGAGUACUACCACAACACGCUUUCGGUUAUGUUUCACAAUGGAAUGUCAAACAACGAACAAGAUUACGAAAUGUGUUUCAGGGUCGAAAAUGUCGUAUUGCCAAAGUAUGGAUACUUUGGUGUCACUGCUGCAACUGGUGGUCUUGCUGAUGAUCACGAUGCCCUUAAAUUCCUCACUUACAAUUUGCAAAGCUCUGACUCCACCGGUACAAACGAACCUCAUAUUCCUGAAGAUGAACGUGCGAAGCUCUCACAAGAAUUCCAGGAUUAUCAAGAUAAACUACAGAAGCAGAAAGACGAAUACCGACAGGCUCAUCCAGAUGAGGCUGAUACUGGCAAAAUGGAAAAUCCAGAGGAAUGGUUUGAAACUGAUAACCAGCGCGAGUUAGGACAAAUUUUCGCUGGACAGAGCAAAAUGUUUGAUGCUUUGCGGGAUAUUCAGCGCAAAAUGGACGACCUUGUUGGACGUCAAGAACGGACACUCAGCCUGAUGUCAGCCAUUCAAACUAACCAAGUUGGCGGAGUCGCGCAACCUAGUGUAACAGGUCAAGUUCCAGGUGGCGACGUUCUUCGGCGCCACGAAGUCGAUACAGCUCUCGCAAAUCAGCGUGAAAUCGUUGGUGCAGCUCGAGAAAUCAAGGCAUACGUCACCGAAAUCCAUCAACGAACUGCCACCAUCGUUCAGAAUCAGGGUAAACAGGUGGGCGGGUCUGCACAGCCCAUCGGUUACGAUCACGUUCAGAAUAGUUUGAAUGAAGUCAAAGAGGGACUAAAUUUAAUUAAACGAGAUAUUAGUGUAACAGCUCAGCGCCUGGCCGCACAACCUGUCACUUCCUGCCCUACAGCGCAACCAUGUCUCAGUACUACCAUCUUUGCUGUCUUUAUGGUCAUUCAGAUGGUUAUCAUGAUCGGAUAUUUCAUCUACAGGGAUACAAAGGAAGCGCAAGCUAAGAAAUUUUAUUAGGAAUGCAGAGUAUCGAUUUCCAUUUGUUACAAAAAUAACAGAAGAAUUUUAUGUGGAGACCAAAAGUGUUGAGGAGGUAGUGGAUUUUCCCUGCUUGUGAAACUGAGUGAUUGGAAUCCGGCGAAACUACAUACUAAUAUUUUUUUAUCAUUUUUUUUUUUUAAGAAUACCUCAAUGCAUAAUUUGAGUUUGGUGCAUGAAUGCAAAAUAAGUGGCAAUUUGAUUGACUUAAAAAUAACAUCACGGGGUAAUGCACGACAUGAUUAAUGUAUAGUUAAUCUGGAUGUCGUUAUCCGUCUUGUUUAAUGCAAUUUUUUUUAUUUCAUCGUGCAGAAGGAAAUUAUUUUUUGAAUGGUUUCAUUUUGUGAUGAAUGUGUUUUAUACAGCGUAGUGAAUGGAUGUGAUUCUGCCUAAAAGGCGAAUAUUUUCUGCCCCCCCCCCCAUUUUCGUGUUAUUUUUCAUAUAGCUGCGGAAUGUUCAUGGUACACAUUCCACCUUCACAACUUUUCACGCCGGGAUUUUGAAAGCAAAACGUAUCAGAGAGAAAUACACUGCCUUCGGUACCACA